UUUGCACUCUUCAAUGAUUAUCUACCGAGAUCUGAAGCCACACAACGUUCUGUUGUUUAACCUGAAGACGGAUGCUGAGUUCAUCGCUAAAAUCACAGACUACGGGAUAGCACAGUACUGCUGCAGUAUGGGCGUCCGCAGCUCAGAAGGCACACCAGGUUUCCGAGCUCCCGAGGUCGCCCGAGGUAAUGUCAUCUAUAAUGUCCAGGCGGAUGUAUUUUCAUUCGGUCUGCUCUUGUAUGACCUUUUGACCUACGGCGAGCGGAUAUCUGAUGGGAUGAAGUUUCCCAGUGAGUUUGAUGAGGUUGCUGUGCAAGGAAAACUACCAGAUCCAGUUAAAGAUUACGGCUGUUCUCCGUGGCCAGGGUUUGAGUUUUUGAUGAGGGAAUGUUUGAGAGAAAACCCUCAGGACAGACCAACAUCUACUCAGGUGUUAGAUCGUCUGAAUUCUGCAGAGAUGCUCUGUGUGAUGCGAGAGCUGACUCUGAUGAGUUUGGCAGGCGAGUGUUUCACCGUGUCCAGUGCGGACGGAGGGAAAACUGCACGUGUGUGGAUCGGGGGCGGCAGUAGUAGCCAGAAAAUGGGCUGUGUGACAUCACUGGAUCUGGAGACAGGGGAGAGCUUAAAUCAGGAGAUUGACAGCAGUCCUGUCCUCUGCAUGGUGAUCGUCAGAGCUCCAGGGUCAUGUGAUGACUGGUUAGUCGCUGGGACACAGUCGGGUUCGCUCUUCAUUAUGGACACCAUGAACGCAGAGGUUCUGCACUGUCUGAAGAGUGUGAAUGACUCUGUGACGUCACUGUUCUUUCACACUGACCAGCACAGAUGCUUAAAGAAUUACCUUUUGGUCGGGACAGCGAAUGGGACACUAGUCAUUUAUGAAGAUUCAGUCUUGAAGGUAAAGAAUGGAGGUCCAGUGAAGACCCUCCAGGUUGGUGAUGUAAACGCUCCUCUGAUGUGUAUCGGCCCCUCCAAUCACCCUCAGGAGCGCAAAACGCUGUGGGCAGCCUGCGGCACCAAGGUGAUCUGCCUUACGGUGGAUUACAACGUCUAUAGCAGCAUCGACACCAAACCCAAACAGAUCCUACCGCAGCUGGGUCGAGUCAGCCGUGAUGCGUGUAUAUCACGGUUAGCGGUGGACAAACAUGUGUUCGUGAGUAAAACAGGAAGCCACACUGUGGAGGUCUGGGAUAAGAAGACUGGGAGGAUGGUGAACCUCAUCGACUGCAUGCAACUACUUGGAUUAAGUUCCACCAAAAAGCCCAAAGCCCAGGAUGAGGACCAGUCUGGACACGAGGUGCCAUGUUUGGCGAUCGUGAAAGCUCUGUUGGUCCAGCACAGUGGUACUCUGUGGAUUGGGACUAAAAGCGGACGCAUGCUGUUGGUGGAAGUGUCCAGCUGUCAGCUCCUGCAGACCUUCAGCCCUCGCUGCGACUCCAUACGCUGCAUGGGCUCCGUGAUGCUAGACAUCCUAAACCGAAAGAAUGUUGUUCUAGUAUUGGGUAGACGGCAACGCAUGCCACAAGACCAAAUCAAAACACAAUUAGCUGAGGAUUCAGUGCUGACGGUGUGGAGCAGUUCACUUCCUCUUGAGGUCCGAGAUCUGACCCGACACUGUGAGCUGCGGGACAAAAUCACCAGCAAAAUGAGAGAAACACUCCACAGCUGAACACACUCUCUGUCUGCGCAUCAGCUGAGACGCGUCACUGUUUAGGAUUUUUGCAAAACCAUCGCGCAGAAGUAAGCAGAUUUCUGCUGGUCAACACGGCGCAUUUUCCGAAAAACGUACUAGUGUGAGGAAAUGUUUGUCCUUACGAAAAAUUCAAUUGAAACCUCCACGAAUGAAAUGUGUUUGCUCCUUUGCUUUUAUGAAAAGGGACCCGUGUGUAAAAAUGCAUUUAGCAUGAAAGGUUAUUUUUUGCAGUCAAGGGAAACACUCCUCUCAUAUGUAGCUGUGCAUGGAUUUAUUUGAAUGAAAAAUGGCAAACACUUCAGUUAGCUUUAUCUUUUUAUAGUAUUUAUUUGUUCACGAGCCAGACGAACAGAGUAGACGGCCAUACUUUAGCAAAACAAUCUCUAGUACCCCUUACGCAAAAUCAUUGUUGUAACUAUGGUAUUCAGUGAAAACACACAUCAUUGCUAUUAGAAAAAAAACAAUGGACUUAAUACUAGUAACAC